ACUGAAGGGCAUGAUAACGGGCAUUUGACAGCACAACAAACUCUGUCAAGUUUACAUGCGUUAUAUUUUUAUUCGUCUUAACAACUUAAGUUACUUGAAGAGAUUUUACUUGAACGGUUUGUUAUUACAGAUUAAUAUAAAAAUGCAUCUGUGGGUUCUCUGCGCGUCUGUUAUUCUGGUGCCUUUGCUAUGUGAUGCGCGGAUCUCUAAGCGUUAUGUGAUCGGUUGUCCGGAGCGCUGCGAUAAGAGCCUGUGUCCGCCCGUACCGGCCGACUGUCAAACCGGAGACAUUCUAGACCAGUGCGACUGCUGCCCGGUGUGCGCGGCCGGCGAGGGUGAGCCCUGCGGCGGUACAGGGAAGCUGGGAGACCCGGAGUGUGGAGAGAGUCUGGACUGCACUGUGCCUGAGGGGGUCGGACCAACGACUACCGUGAGGAGGAGAGGAAAGACCGGCGUUUGCGUGUGUAAGAGCCCUGAGGCCGUCUGCGGAAGUGAUGGGGUGUCCUACAGGAACAUCUGCGAACUCAAGAGAGUCAGUAACCGGGCACAGAAACUCCAGCAGCCGCCCAUCAUCUUCAUCCAGAGAGGAGCCUGCGGGAAAGGCCACGAGGAGAAUCCAGAUAGCCUCCGGAACAGAUAUAACUUCAUCGCUGAUGUGGUGGAGAAGAUCGCUCCAGCUGUGGUUCACAUUGAGCUGUUCCGCAAAAUGAUGUUCACCAAGCGGGAAGUGGCGGUGGCCAGCGGCUCUGGUUUCGUGGUGUCUGAAGAUGGCCUGAUUGUAACCAAUGCCCAUGUGGUAGCCAACAAACACCGGGUGACAGUUGAACUAAAGACCGGCGCCACCUAUGAAGCCAAAAUCAAAGAUGUAGAUGAGAAAGCAGACAUUGCUCUAAUCAAGAUAGACGCUCCGAUGAAACUACCAGUGCUGCUGUUGGGUCGGUCAGCUGAUCUGAGACCAGGCGAGUUUGUGGUCGCUAUCGGCAGUCCGUUCUCCCUUCAGAACACAGUGACUACAGGCAUCGUCAGCACCACCCAGAGAGGAGGCAAAGAGCUGGGCCUACGUAACUCUGACAUGGACUACAUCCAGACAGAUGCCAUCAUCAAUUACGGUAAUUCAGGAGGGCCCCUGGUGAACCUGGAUGGUGAGGUGAUAGGAAUCAACACGCUGAAGGUGACAGCAGGAAUAUCCUUCGCUAUUCCUUCUGACAAGAUCCGACAAUUCCUGGCUGAGUCUCACGACAGACAGGCUAAAGGAAAAACAGCCACAAAGAAGAAGUAUAUCGGUGUAAGAAUGAUGACAUUAACCCCAAUACUUGCUAAAGAGCUAAAGGAAAAACAGAGUGACUUCCCAGAUGUCACCUCUGGAGCGUAUGUCAUUGAAGUUAUCCCGAAAACACCAGCUGAAGUUGGCGGUCUGAAAGAGAGUGACGUCAUAAUCAGCAUUAACGGUCAGAGGAUUACAUCAGCAAGUGACGUCAGUACAGCCAUCAAGAAAGACGACAGUCUGAGAACAGUGGUACGACGUGGCAAUGAAGACGUCAUCCUCACAAUCAUUCCUGAGGAGAUUGACCCUUGACCUCCCUCAUGCUCACCUAUGAGCUGGUUCUCAGACUUUUACUGAGUGUUUCCGGAGCCACACUCAUUCUAGAAACUUAGUGAAUACUUUCCAGUCCAACCAUCAUCCGACAUGAAUAUCGUUCCCAGCUUAGAACAUGAAAAGUCCUUUCUCACUUUCUCCCCAUAUCCCCCAUGUUAUUUUCUGUUUAUUCAUCAAUAAACCAUCUUAGAAUGAGCCCUUUGUAAAUAAAUAUCAGAAUUUAGCACUGGCUAGUUCACUAUAACACUCUGAAAUUUAUAUAAUUUCUCUCUUCCAAAACCUAGUAAGCAGCCAAGGCAGGAGGAUAUUGUGAUGAGCGGAAUGAUUCCAUUCAAGAUGGUGAAAAGAAGUUAAAUGUUGAUUAUAAUCUUAUAUUGUAUUCAUUACUGAAAACUAUCUACUAAAACAAUUCAGUCUAAUUAAAAGUAAUUGUUUUACCCAAUUUUAUGUGUGCAAUUUAUUUGUAUGAAAAUUACGAAAAUUAACCAUGGUUUUGUCAUAUAACAAUUUUUUUGGUGGCUUGAUUGCCAUUUUUAUAACCAUAGUUUACUACAAAUACCAUGGUUAGACUAUGCUUCUUGUAGCAAAACCAUGGUUUAUAUGUGGUUUAACUUCGAUAACCGGGAUUAUUUUGGUCUUCGUAAAGGGUUACUCUGAUAGCACAUUUAUACUGUGUAGAUGUCUUUUUGAUGUGCAUUUUUCAUCUUGUUUUUACUGUUAUACGUCUGUCUCUAAAAUGUUUCCUGUCAGAGAUUAAAAAAGACAGAAAUGUCUUUUAAGAUGUUUAUGGUUUAGAAUAUAUGAAAACAGAUGUCUUGGAGAAAUGUGUGCUAUCUGGGUAGAGUAUUAUGCUGUUAGCUUAGCAACAUGCUAACGUCUAACUUAUGAAAUCAGUGAGUCUCCUGUGAGUUAGAUUACGUGCAGAGUUGCUGUCUAUGUCGGUCACAAAAAUCGGUCACAUUUAAGGUUACAUGGCAGCCGGUUCAGGUUUUGGAACAGAGCUUACAGUGUAUUUCAUCCUUAUGUAUACAUCAGCAAGGUAUCGAAAAUUUGUCUCUAUUCAGAUUUCUUCAUUUUUUUUUUUUUUAUAUUUACACUCAGAUCUCAGACUUGACGUUAUUUGAAAAAUUAUUGUGGGCCAUUAGAGCAUGACUGUUAUCUUGGAAUACCUAUCUUCCUUAAAUGUUUGUGUCUGUGUUUGUCAGACGGCAAUUUCAGAAAUGAAAUUAAAGAUGGUUAACGUUUUAAAACC